ACAUCUUCCAGGUAAUGGCGGGGUCAUGUGAUUUUAUGGUCAUGUGAUGCAGCUACUGAAGAGGAGCAGGUGGGGCAGCCUGACACAGCAGGUGAAGGUUGAUGGGGAUGAGUCAUGGCUCACUCUGGUAAUCCCAAUCCUGUGCCCAAACUCUACAAGUCUAUUAUCGAAGAUGUUAUUGAAGGCGUAAGUGAACUUUUUACUGAAGAAGGUGUUGAUGAGCAAGUUCUUAAGGAGCUUAAGCGAUUAUGGGAAACCAAAGUUAUGCAGUCCAAAGCAACGGAGGGAUUCUUCAGAGAUCACUGCAACGUGCCGCAGUUUGUUCUGCAGUUGCCACACCAUUUGCACCAGUCUCUUCAUACAACAACAGUCCUUCAAGGAAAUAGAAACAUUUCCAGUUUUACAGACCUGCAUUCAUCAGGGUCAAGCAGUUCAUUUACUUUACCCCAUGGACUCACAUAUCCAAUCCACCUACCAGCUGGAAUGACGGUGCAAACUGCUUCUGGACAACUUUACAAAGUGACUGUGCCAGUAAUGGUAACUCAGGCACCUGGAGCACCAAGAAUUCUUCAUCAGCCGGUUCAGCAGUACUUUCAGCACAUCACCCGUCUUCCCAAACCAGCCGCUAACACCCAACUGGGUGGGGAGAUUCAGGGGGCACAAAAAUGGCAGCAGCCGCACGUGACUCAAACCAACAAGUUUAAUGAGGUCACCGGUACACUUGAUGGCAAAAGCACUUUGGAUAAUAAUUUUGGAAAUGCUAAUGCAGGGCCAUUUAUUCAGCAGACUGUUGAUAUGCAGAAGCAGCAACUUGUAAGUAAUGUGCUUAAUCAGCCAUUGAAUGGUUUAAAAGAAAAUAAUUGUAAUGAUAUGCCACCACUGCUGUUUAGUCCCAAGCAGACGGAAUUAACCUUGGCUGAUAACUCUGAAUCUUUGCUGAAUAACUUAAACAUGGCUCAGACAGUUCAAGGACAGCCAGACAAUGACUGCACAAGCCUAUUAAAAUCACAGGUUGCUGAUGAUAUCGUUGAUCUGUUAAUGCUGGAUGACGAAGAUGACAAUGGGAAUAAAAAUAUACCACUGGACAACAACACCACCGCAAACGUACCAGAUAAUGAGCAAAGUCAGGUAUCCACCCUGGAGGACCUGCUCUCUCCCGGAGACAAUGACAUAAUUCAGCUUGAUGGGACUGGAGAUACUUCCUCUGAGGAAGAACUUGGAACCGUCAGGGACGUUGAUGAAAAUGAGUUUCUUGGCAUCAUUGACACAGAAGAUCUUAAAGCUCUGGAAGAGGAAGAUUCCGGCUCAAACAACUCCACCAGCAGUAGCAGUGAUGAUGAGGAUCCCGAGAUUGACAUAAUUGAAGAGGAUCCAUUAAACUCUGGAGAUGAUGUGAGUGAGCAAGAAGUCCCGGACAUGUUUGACACAGACAAUGUAAUCGUAUGUCAGUAUGACAAGAUACACCGAAGUAAGAAUAAGUGGAAGUUCUACUUAAAAGAUGGAGUUAUGUGCUUUGGAGGAAAGGAUUAUAUUUUUUCUAAAGCAAUCGGGGAGGCCGAAUGGUGAAGUAAAUAGAAAUUUUGCCUGAACUCGAUCUAAAACACAAGUCUUAUUUAUUUACUUUGAUAAGGAUUUAAGUUGGAAAUAAAUGUUUGGAUUAAACUGUAAUUCAACUUUCCUGCCAAAAUGUUGUUUUGUAAAGUGGGAUCGAGAAAUACAAAAUGUUGUAAAUAGCAUUUAUUACUGUUUAUGUUGUUUUUUUGAAUGUGAAAUUCAAUAAAAUAUCCACUGUGUGUGGUAGGUAAGGGGUAA